CCGCCGUUCCCCUCCGCGGCGUCGGGCUCCCGCGGCUCUCGGUGGUGCCGCCGUCGCACACCUGGGUUUCCUGCUGGCCGGCCGCACGGAUGGCCCCCUGACCGAGCCCGAGCGGGGAGCGGCGGGCGGGCGGGCGCCGCGGCCCAGGCCCUGCUCGGCGGGCGGCGUGCGGGUCGCGGCCUCUUUGUCUCCAGGGCGGCGGGCGCGGCGGCGGGGCUCGGGGCGGAAGUCCCGCCGCGCUCCUGGAGCCCCGGGCCGCAGCGGCCGCGCCAUGAGCGACAUCCGCCACUCGCUGCUGCGCCGCGACGCGCUGAGCGCCGCCAAGGAGGUGCUGUACCACCUGGACAUCUACUUCAGCAGCCAGCUGCAGAGCGCGCCGCUGCCCAUCGUGGACAAGGGCCCGGUGGAGCUGCUGGAGGAGUUCGUGUACCAGGUGCCCAAGGAGCGCGGCGCGCAGCCCAAGAGAUUGAAUUCACUCCAGGAGCUCCAACUUCUUGAAAUCAUGUGCAAUUAUUUCCAGGAGCAAACCAAGGACUCUGUCCGGCAGAUUAUUUUCUCAUCCCUUUUCAGCCCCCAAGGGAACAAAGCCGAUGACAGUCGGAUGAGCUUGUUGGGAAAACUGGUCUCCAUGGCAGUGGCUGUGUGUCGAAUCCCAGUGUUGGAGUGUGCAGCCUCCUGGCUUCAGCGGACGCCUGUGGUCUACUGUGUGAGGCUGGCCAGGGCCCUCGUGGAUGACUACUGCUGCCUGGUGCCAGGCUCCGUGCAGACGCUGAAGCAGAUAUUCAGCGCCAGCCCUCGCUUCUGCUGCCAGUUCAUCACUUCCGUCACUGCGCUUUACGACCUGUCGUCAGAUGACCUCAUCCCACCGCUGGACUUGCUUGAAGUGAUUGUCACCUGGAUUUUUGAGGACUCAAGGUUGAUUCUCAUCACUUUUUUAAAUACUCCGAUUGCAGCCAAUCUCCCAAUAGGAUUUUUAGAACUCACCCCGCUCACUGGACUGAUUCGCUGGUGUGUGAAGGCCCCUCUGGCUUAUAAAAGAAAAAAGAAGCCUUCCUUAUCCAAUGGCCACGUCACCACCAAAGCUGCCCAGGACUCGGGAGGGAUGGACAGAGACUCCCACCUCUUGUACUCAAAACUGCAUCUCAGCAUCCUGCAGGUGCUCAUGGUGCUCCAGGUGCACCUAACCGAGAAGAAUCUCUACGGGCGCCUGGGGCUGAUCCUGUUUGACCACAUGGUCCCGCUGGUAGAGGAGAUCAACAGACUGGCAGAUGAACUGAACCCCCUCAAUGCCUCCCAGGAGAUCGAGCUCUCUCUGGACCGCCUCGCACAGGCUUUGCAGGUGGCCAUGGCCUCCGGAGCCCUGCUGUGCACAAGAGAUGAUCUGAGAACCCUGUGCUCCAGGCUGCCUCAUAAUAACCUGCUGCAGCUGGUGAUCUCGGGCCCCGUGCAGCAGUCGCCACACACCGCGCUGCCCCCCGGCUUCUACCCGCACAUCCACACGCCCCCGCUGGGCUACGGGGCCGUGCCUGCCCACCCCGCCGCCCACCCCGCCCUGCCCACACACCCCGGGCACACCUUCCUCUCGGGAAUGACGUUUCCGUUCAGGCCCAUCCGCUAGGCCUGCCCGCCUGCUGCCGCGUGGCACUGUGCCUUCUGCGCGGGUGGAGGGCCUUGCAGAGCGGGGGGCGACCCCACAGAAGAGGACCUUCGGGAGGCAGCCGGGAGGCCCCUCCUCACCAGCCUGGCUGUCUUGGGGCAGAAGUUUUGUGAUGUCACAGGCCUGGUGCCUCCUACCUGGUCACAUUCGGGAGCGCCCAGUCCGGGUAGAAGAGGAAGUGUCCUGCCCUCCGCAGAGCGAUGUGGGCAUCUUCAGAAGGUGCCGCUCCUGAGAGCCUGUUGUCUCGUGUGUCGUUUCAGAUGCACACGCUCUGAGCCUGUGCUGCUGGGGACACGGGUGUGCGAGGCGGCAUUUGCACGUCCACUUGUCUGCUUCUCUCCUUGCGAAGAGAUGUGUCCCUGCACGAA